AUGACUUUUAGCAAAAGAAUGCUAUGCUUCAUCAUUUUUACUUGUUUCAUGCACUUGACAAAGUCUUCAAACUCGAGAAAAGACACACUUCUCCAAGGUUAUCAGCUUGCAGCAACCAACCAUUUGAUUUCAUCUUCUGGUGUGUACACAUUGCGUUUCUUUCAGCUUGAUGGCUCUGAAGAUAACAGCAAAUUCUACCUUGGAAUAUCGUUCAAUAAUUACUAUGUUUGGGUUGCAAAUAGAGAUAAUCCAAUCCAUGAUGAUCCUGGAGUUCUCACAAUUGAUGAAUGUGGCAAUCUGAAAAUUUUGUGCAUUACCACUAUCAUGCUAUAUUCGACAGAAGCUGCAAGAAACAAAAGUGUUAGUGCCACUUUGCUAGACACGGGGAACUUUGUGCUUCAUGAAUUAAACUCAAACAGGUCUGUGAAAAGGGUAUUAUGGCAGAGCUUUGAUUACCCCAUGGACACACUUGUACCAGGGAUGAAGAUUGGGUAUGACAAGCUCACGGGUCAUACUUGGUCUUUAACGGCAAGGAGAAGUUUUAAAUCUCUUUGGUCAGGGUCUUUCUCUCUUAGACUUGACCUCAAAACAAACCAAUUGGUUAGUAGGUGGAGAGGGACCAUAGUUUGGAGUAGUGGACCAUGGAGAAAUGGAAGUUUCAUCAACUUAAACUCAUACAAAGAGCAAUUCAAUUUCACUUUUUUUUCGAAUGAAAAUGUAACCUACUUUGAAUAUGCUUCAAGUUCUAGUCAUAUGACAAUGGGACCAUUGGGUACAUUGAAUGCCAGUGGUGUCUCUUACUCAUGUGUUGAUGGUGACAUUCCCCCUGGUUGUUCAAUGCCAAGGCCUUCAAAAUGUAGGGAAGAUGAUGAUUUGUACUUGCCCAAUUGGAAUAGCAUUGGGGCAAUGUCAAGGAAAGGGUUCAUAUUUGAUGAAAGUGAGAACUUGACCAUUUCUGAUUGUUGGAUGAAAUGCUUGAGUAAUUGUUCCUGUGAGGCCUACACUUACGCAAAUCAGGAUGCAACUGGUUGCGAGAUAUGGACUAAGGGAACAGCACACUUUGUUGCGACUGAUUCCGCUAUUGGGCGUCCAAUUUUUUUCUUUCGUACUGAAACCAAAGCAACCGAAAAGAAAUCAAGUCAAUCCUCUAUCAUUGGAGAAAACAUUGAAAUUUCUGUUCCAAACGAUGAAGGAAGAGAACAGUGGAAAAAGAAAAGGACAGGUGGUGGUAUGCAUAUAUUUGACUUUACAACCAUUCUUGAGGCAAGUGACAAUUUUUCUUGCACAAAUAAGAUUGGGGAGGGUGGCUUUGGACCUGUCUACAAGGGAAAGUUGUCAAAUGGUCAAGAAAUAGCUAUAAAGAGACUUUCCAAAAGCUCAGGACAAGGUUUGAUAGAGUUCAAAAAUGAAGCUAUGUUAGUUGUGAAACUCCAACACACUAAUCUAGUGAGACUGCUAGGUUGUUGCACUGACAGAGAAGAAAGAAUAUUAGUUUAUGAAUUCAUGUCCAACAGAAGCUUGAAUUUAUACCUCUUCGACUCCAACAAAAGAAAUGUGUUAGAAUGGAACACACGGUACAAAAUUAUUGAAGGAGUUACACAGGGACUUGUGUAUUUACAUCAAUAUUCGCGAUUAAAAGUGAUACACAGGGACUUAAAAGCCAGCAAUAUUUUACUGGACAAUGAAUUGAAUCCAAAAAUAUCCGAUUUUGGGAUGGCUAGGAUAUUUGGAUUGUCAGAAUCUGAAGAAAAAACUAAUAGAGUUGUUGGGACAUUUGGAUAUAUGUCUCCCGAAUAUGCUAUGAGAGGUGUCAUCUCAACCAAAACUGAUGUAUAUAGUUUCGGCAUCUUGCUUCUAGAGAUUGUGAGUGGAAAGAAAAAUAAUUGUAAUUACCCGCUCAAUCUUCUUGGAUAUGCUUGGCAAUUAUGGAACCAUGGAGAAGCUCUCAAGCUAAUCGACUCAACGAUAAAUGGGUCAUGCCUUCAGAUCCAAGUAUUACGAUGCAUACAUGUAGGUCUGUUAUGCACUCAAGAUCGACCAAGGGAUAGGCCAACUAUGCUUGAGGUCAUUUCUUUUCUUUCAAAUGAAAUCAUUCAAUUACCACAACCCAUACAACCAUCAUUUUAUACCAUUACAAAUAUGAAGGAACUAGAGCAAAAUAAAAGCUCUUCCGUCAAUGAGAUAACAAUUUCAGACACAUCAGGUAGAUAA